AUGUUGCAUAUCUUCCUCCUGCACAUGAUCGCUUCCUUUGAGGGGCUGUCUGUCACUUGUGAGCGCUCGCUCCCUCCACCCAGGAGUGGAAUGGGUAGUCUUUACCCCGACGCCCUCUGCCUCCACCGACGCCCUCUGCCUCCACCGACGCCCUCUGCCUCCACCGACGCCCUCUGCCUCCACCGACGCCCUCUGCUGUCCGCCUCCACCGACGCCCUCUGCCCUCCGCCUCCACCGACGCCCUCUGCUGUCCGCCUCCACCGACGCCCUCUGCUGUCCGCCUCCACCGACGCCCUCCACCUCCACCGACGCCCUCUGCUGUCCGCCUCCACCGACGCCCUCUGCCUCCACCGACGCCCUCUGCUGUCCGCCUCCACCGACGCCCUCCACCUCCACCGACGCCCUCUGCUGUCCGCCUCCACCGACGCCCUCUGCCUCCACCGACGCCCUCCACCUCCACCGACGCCCUCUGCCUCCACCGACGCCCUCUGCCUCCACCGACGCCCUCUGCCUCCACCGACGCCCUCUGCCUCCACCGACGCCCUCUGCCUCCACCGACGCCCUCUGCCUCCACCGACGCCCUCUGCCUCCACCGACGCCCUCUGCCUCCACCGACGCCCUCUGCCUCCACCGACGCCCUCUGCCUCCACCGACGCCUUCCGCCUCCACCGACGCCCUCCCCCUCCACCGACGCCCUCCCCCUCCACCGACGCCCUCCGCCUCCACCGACGCCCUCCGCCUCCACCGACGCCCUCCGCCUCCACCGACGCCCUGUGCCGUCCGCCUCCACCGACGCCCUCUGCUGUCCGCCUCCACCAACGCCCUCUGCUGUCCGCCUCCACCGACGCCCUGUGCCGUCCGCCUCCCCGUAUAUCACCGGCAACUUCCGCUUUAAAUUCCAGUGUGCCAGUGAAGCUGUAUCUCCUUCCAUUUCAUGACCCGUCGGCUUCUUGA